UCCAAAGUCUACUGGGAUUGCCUUGGAUCACUGAAGCGCUGAGAAGAACUGAGCCUUUCACGGUUGAUCAUCGCUCAUUCCCAGGCCUUUUCUGACAGGCAGAGGAGAAUGAAAUCUGGACUCCGGCUAAGCUGCUUCAGGGAAGGACCCCAUUCUGGGUGGAAGCUUGGACCCCACCCCACCCACCUACUUCAAAACUUCAGUUCUGUCUCACGGGUAUCCCACUCCUCUCACUCUAUAGUCCGACUAAUCCUAAAUGCACUGCCCAGUCUAGUCCAGUGCCUUGCCUCCAGGGCCUGGGAAUUCUCCCAGAUGAGGAAGCUCUCCAGACUCAUCUCAUGGACCAGGAUCCUACUCCUAGUGCCUGUGACAUCAUCAGCUCUCCCCUGGCCCCUGUGACCUCACUGCCUGCAAGGGCCCAGCCCACCUGGGCUCCUGGGCCCCCAACAAAUUCAUGGCCACUUGCUUCAAGACCAUCUGCAAGUGGCAGAGGGGAUAGAUGAGCUCCAGGGGAAGCAAAAACCCUGAGACCAUCGGGAACAAAGACAGGAAAGGGAGCCAGAACCGGGACAGCAGAUCCUUGUCCAGCAGCAGGGCAGGGUCCGUCAGAAGGUCCAACGAUGGCCAGAAUGAGCAGUCCCUGAGCCCUAGCCAGGAUGAUGAUGAGGCCUACCUGGAUGCCGGGGAGGCCCUCCCCUUCUCCAAAAACCAGGGCCUCACAGAGGAUGACGCCCCCCUCCCCAAUGCGGAGCCCUCGUUCAUCUUCGAGAGGGAGGGGGCCUCCGAGCAGCCUUACCACUCCUACACCUACAACCCCCCCGUGUGCCUCGUAGCCAUGCCGGCCCACUCUCCCGGCCAGAACUCCAGCUCUGCCUCGCUGGAGGACACCGUGGACAACGGUAACUAUAUGAGGUCCAUCACCAGCCUCGUGGGGGGUGGGGAAGGGCCCAUCCGCUCUCUGUCUGACAUCCUGGUCUGGACGGAGACGGCCAUGGGCACGGCCACCGAGCUCCUGAACGCCAGCCACACGUCCGUGACGGACAUACUUUACGGUACGGGAACUACCCUGCGCUCGAUGACCAGCCUGCUGGGGGGGGCUCGCAGCGCUCUGACCGAUGGGAUCUUGAACGGGACCGGCACCAUGCUUCGGACCAUGAGCCAACUCUUAGAAAACAUUGAGAGAAGAACCAUAGAGGGCAUCCGCUAUGCCUUCCGCUUUAUGACCCACCACAUCUCUCCCCGUAGGGGUAACACUAACUGUGACAAUGAGUAAGACCUGCCGCGGACUGUGGGGCUAAGGUGGCUGGUUUGCCUGCCCCCCGUUUAGCCCUCUUACUACCCCUUCCCCCGUCUUUUCCAGGGCCCCUUUUCCUUAGACCAGGCUAAUAAAUCACCAACGCCGUU